UCGGUCCCGCGCCGCGUCUGCGCAGCCCGACUGGUCCAAUCCUUCAGCUCAAGCCGCUCGCCUCGCCGGGAAGCUGACUCGCCCCGUCCCACGCGUUUGCAUUCCUGCAUUCUGCCGCCCGACUCUCCUGCACGAACUCCCACCAAGUUCUUCGCAUAUCCACCACAUCAUUUACUACCAUAGCCACAACAAUGGCUGCCAUAGAGGCAACACCAAUAAUGGCUGAGCUUGACUCGCUACUGCUAUGCGGGUCGAGCUUCACAAGUAACGACCCGACAGACUCGGCCUCCUCGAAUUCCACAUCCAUGAGUUCGACGCCCCCGACCACCGUGUCGGCCGACAGCAUGUCGCUGGCCUCAGAACCGGACCACCCGAAAUCAGAGAUUGCUACCGCGUCCAACAUAGAAGCGGUCAUCACCGUCACUUCAACGCUCGAAACCGAGAUUGAGCAGCACGAGUCUGGUCAGCAGACCCCGAUAGCCGAUGAUGCCAUUGUUGUCGCGGAACCCCCACCACCUCCCGAAUUGUCGCCCGCCAGCCGCCCUCGACGAGCCAGAUCCAGCCUCCCCGUUUACAAUCUCUCCAAGCUCAUGGGCACCGACGUGCACGGGAAGCGGAGGUCGAAAGGAGACAGUGUAGUAGACAAGCGGCGCCGCACUAUUUCGGAUGGAACAACAGCCAAUUUUGGCGAUUUGGACGCGACCAAAUUGGGCGAUGCACUGGCAAAAGCCAGCCAGACGACCAAGAUUGAAGUUGACGCGUCGGCUGGCAGGCGGUCAAGCGCGGUUCUCAACACCCCGAAAAGCGCGCGGAUCGCUAAAAAAUCCUCUCUAAGCCCUGCGCCAGCGCAUUUGACGCGUCGCGCGACGCGUCUUUCUGGCGCUUCUACCGAGAAUCUUGCCACCAAGCUGUCCACCUUCAGCAAGCGGGGUAAAAAGGCGGUCGAAAAGGGGGUUGGCCGACUACCUCGCGAGCUCUUGCGAUUGAAGGACACCAAUGAGUUUGCCCACAUUGACACCCGCCCGGUUCGGUACACGGUUUGGAGCAAUGGGAAAUAUAUCGAGGUCGACCCUUCGCAGGAGACCCCUGCACCCCAGCCGCCCCGAAAGAAAAUCAAGGUGGACGAGAAUGCCGCCAAUGGCGAGGAAAAGCCCGCGGUAGAGGAGCAGAAAGCUGCUGCGCCGGCUACCAAGAAGCCGCGUACGAAGAAGUGGCUCGAGAAGGGUCUCUACGCGGGGCAAGAAGCGCCCAUCGACAUCUUCAAGGGCCUUAAUGCUCAAGAAAAGAAGAAGCUCGCUUCAAUCCCAGAGCUGUUGCCGACCGGCAAGCCUAACCGCACCUUCCCGCAGCCCAUGUACAACGGCCUACGGAUGCUCAUUAACGGGCGCGACUUCAAGCUGCCUUUUGACGUCUGCCACCCUCUUCCUCCAGGCCAGCCGAAGCCUGCCGCGUAUCGCACCAUGACGAAGAACCGCUUUGUCGGGGACGCAGCUUCAUACUGGAAGAAGACGCCUCAUUUUGGGGAUUUCGCGUCCAGAUGCGUUUGCCAGCCCGCAGACGGCUGUGAUGAGGACUGUCAAAACCGGAUCAUGCUGUACGAGUGCGACGACACCAACUGCAACUUCGGCAAAGCCCAUUGCCAGAACCGUGCGUUUCAGGAUUUGCAGGAGCGCACCAAAAAAGGCGGCCGGUAUCGCGUCGGUGUGGAGGUUGUCAAGACGGGCGACCGUGGCUACGGAGUUCGCAGCAACCGCUGUUUCGAGGCCAACCAAAUCAUCAUGGAGUACACAGGUGAGAUCAUCACCGAAGCCGAGUGUGAACGCCGGAUGAACGAGGAGUACAAGGAUAAUGAGUGCUAUUACCUCAUGUCCUUUGACCAGAACAUGAUCAUUGACGCAACCACCGGUAGUAUCGCGCGGUUCGUCAACCACUCGUGCUCGCCCAACUGCCGGAUGAUCAAGUGGAUCGUGGCCGGCCAACCGCGCAUGGCCUUAUUUGCUGGAGACCGCCCGAUCAUGACGGGCGAGGAGCUCACGUACGACUACAACUUUGAUCCCUUCUCGGCUAAGAAUGUGCAGAAGUGCCUAUGUGGUAGUCCGAACUGCAGGGGCGUGUUGGGUCCCAAGCCCAAGGAGGUGAAGCCGCCCAAGCCGGCCAAGGACGAAAAGAAGACCAAGGCGACUUCCAAGACCUCCAAGGUUUCGACCAAGGUUUUGUCCAAGACCACGACCAAAACUUCCGUCAAGACAUCCGUCAAGACAUCCGCCAAGAUAUCAACCAAGCGGAAGCUAAAGGACGCUUUUGAGUUUGACGGCGACGACGAGGAAGAGGCUAAGACAACGAAGAAGCGAAAAGUCCAGGCAGCAACAGGCCUCAAGCGGACCCUCUCCUCGGCGAGCCGCAAGGUCGCAAAGGGCGCGGCAAAGGGAGCAGCUAAGAGUGCGGCCACGAUCAAGCGGAGCGUAGCCAGCAUUUCGGUGGCUGCGCGCAAGAAGACCGCCGCAGCCAAAAUGACCAAAACGACGACUACAAAGGCCACCAAAACGACAACCACGGUCCGGCGCGCCCUUGGCAGCGGCGCCGCUAAGAAAGCCGCCGGGAAGAAAACCACGGCCGCGACAAGCACCAAACCCAAACCCAAAACCGCCGUCGCCUCCCGCAGCCCGAGCCUGACCAUCGUGGCAGCGGGCAGCCCCGCACCCGCCCAGAAAGAGGCCAAGUCUGUUGUUACAACACCUACGGCGUCGGCCGCCGCCUCUAAGAAGGACCUGCCUAGGUUGACCAUGUCGUCCGGCAAGACGUCCUCGCGCAAGCUGACCCCCUCGCGCAAGGCCCUCGAGUCGGGGUUGCUUGCCGGGAGCCCGGCGUCGGCGAGGUCGGCCAAGAUGACCGCUGCGGCGAAGGGUACCCCCAAGAUCAAGCUGGUCGGUGCCGCUGCCAAUUAGGACCGUCUAUCUGGGUAUAUAUAGGCUGGGGUGGGAGUUGGGAACUGGGGUGCGAGAUGAGAGGCGCUAGUCUGUCAAGGCGGGGGCGGAUUGUUUUACCUACCAUCGGUAAGGGGUUCACAAUCUCGGGGU